AACUAUGGAAUCUCUGACUUCAGUGCUUUCAAGAGAACUUGGAACUCAGAAAAAAACGAGCUCCGACAAGGGAAAAAAUAAAAGGCCACUCUAAAUUAUGCAAUUUUGUCACACAACACAAUGCCACAGAUGUCUCAAGUUUUAAAGUAACGUACAAUUGGAAUGCUGACUGAAUGAAUGGCCACCAGAGUUGUUUCCAGAUAAUUUAAUGUUAAUUUCGCUACCAUAAACUGCCUCCAACGUCGUUUUAGAGAAUUUGGCAGUACGUCCCUGACAACUACAGACCACAUGUAACCACGCUGCGUUCAAAACAAUUGGGAACUCGGGAAUCUCUGACUUCAGUGCUUCCAAGACAAUUUGGAACUCAGAAAAAAACGAGCUCAGACUAGGAAAAAUCGUUUUGAAAGCUCACCCAACUCGGAAUUCGAGGUCGGAAACUCGGACCUUUUCCUCGAGUUCCGAUUUGAAGAUCACUAACCUCGUGGUUUUUGAAGUUCCCAGUUGUCUUGAAAGCACUAUAAACCGUGGACAUUAAACAUUUGCACAUGCUGAAAAUUCCUGAGCUCAAAAGUAGUACAAGUAAUUUGCAUUUAUCAGGGAGCUUUGAAAUAUUCUGAGUUUGUAGAUAGAGUCCGAUUUCAUUGACGAAAUGUAUACAUUUUUUUGUUGCCCUAAACGAUUUAUUUUAUAUCUCGGUGUACAACGGAAACAAACGUAAUAUUGGUAAAACGAAAGUUAGAUGAUACAAACCUCAAUGAUUUAAUGAUGGUUGAAAUGAUUUUUACCUGUGUACAUUUGAUCUAUUAGAGGACUGCAAUAAUAGUAGUGAAAGAUUAAUGCUGGAGCAUCCACUAUAAAAGGCCCUACAAUUGGGAAGUGAAGAAUGGUCAGACUUCGUUUGCUCUGCCAGAAAAACAACGAUCUAGAGAGACUUCUGUGACUCUUCUAAGAUACAAAGCGAGGGGAUCCAAACUGUGUACAUUUUGAAGCCAUGAGCCGCGGAUUCAGUGAAGUUCAACGUCCCUCCACAGUGUCCUCUGUGACCGAGCCCAUGUGCGUACUCACCACAGAGUGGGUGUGGUUCUGGGAGGACGAGUACGGAAAAUGGGUCCAGUACGCAUCCAUCAAAGAGAUGCACAGAUUGUCGUCCAUCACCAGUGAAGACCUUGAGAAAAGGUUCCAGGAGGAUCAAAGUGCUGUGGUGAGGUUCACUGCAGGCCAGCAGUCUUAUGAGCUGAGUUUCAGAGAGAUGACGCAAAAAAACAGAAAUAACGGUACUGUAAGGAUGGUCAGGCGUCGUCCUGUGUUUGUUUCAACUGCAGACAGCAGGACAAAUAGAACAUACAAUUCCUCUGAGAAUUUCAGAGAUGUUCCUGGAUUUUGGGACAUGUCUGCCAUACCUGACAUUGGAUAUAAGACAGUCACUCUUCUGAGUUCUGACAGGGUCUAUCAGAAGGUCCAGAGACUUUUCAACAAGACCAUGAGGGGCUUCCAGAUCACCAACAUCGAGAUGGUCCAAAACAGGGACCUCUGGGAAGUCUUCCAGUGGAAAAGAGAUUUGAUGAAGAAAAACAAUGGGGGUAAAAACAGCAAGGAGCUACAUCUCUUCCACGGAACGGACCCAAAACACGUAGACGCCAUUUGCAGAGAUAACUUCGACUGGAGGCUGUGUGGAACCAAUGGAACUAAGUAUGGCGAAGGGAGUUACUUUGCCAGGGAUGCCAAGUACUCGCACUGCUUCACCAGCCACUCAGGAGUGAGGUCCAUGUUUGUUUGUUGGGUGCUUGUUGGUGACUACACACGAGGGAAGUCGGACCUCCGUCGCCCCCCUUCAAAAGGCGAAGGAAAUCCCACUUUCUAUGACAGCUGUGUGGACAAUGUCCUGAACCCAUCCAUAUAUGUGGUGUUUGAAAAGCACCAGGUGUACCCCGAGUUCCUCAUCAGAUAUGAUGAUGGCGUCAUGCACUUGUCCUCUUCGGCUCCAGCUCUACCAAAAACUGUCUCUAUCCAAUCCACUUACAUAGUCCAAUACCCAGCAUCCAACCAGAUUCAAGCAGCAGCUUCUGCUACGCUGCAAAACCCUCGAGUUCCAUCCACUUCCACUUUGAGUCCAUCUCAAGCAGCCACCACUUUCUCUAAUCCAACCAAUUAUUUUCCCCCUUCACGUCUCCCAAAACCUGCCCAAACCACAUUGGGAUUCAGUCAAUCUGCAGUCAUCAUGAAGCCAGCCCCAAGUUCUCAAUUGGUGGAUACCACCCUAGGCCAAGCUAAUUGGUCUUACACUCCCUCAUUCAGCAAACUCCCUCAUAAACUCAUUACCCAAGCCAGCGCCCCCUCUCGUACACCCACUACCCCAGCCAGUAUCCCCUCUCGUACACCCAAUAACCCCUCUCGUACACCCACAACCCCAGCUAGUACCCCCUCUCGUACACCCACAACCCCAGCCAGUACCCCCUCUCGUACACCCAGUACCCCCUCUCGUACACCCAGUACCCCCUCUCGUACACCCACAACCCCAGCCAGUACCCUGUUUUAUGCACCCACUAGGCCACCCAGCAUCCCCUCUCGCACACUUACUCCCUCAGCCAGUGCCCCCUCUCGCACACUUACUCCCUCAGCCAGUGCCCCCUCUCGCACACUUACUCCUUCAGCCAGUGCCCCCUCUCGCACACUUACUCCUUCAGCCAGUGCCCCCUCUCGCACACUUACUCCUUCAGCCAGUGCCCCCUAUCGCACACUUACUCCUUCAGCCAGUGCCCCCUCUCGCACACUUACUCCUUCAGCCAGUGCCCCCUAUCGCACACUUACUCCUUCAGCCAGUGCCCCCUCUCGCACACUUACUCCUUCAGCCAGUGCCCCUUCUCGCACACUUACUCCCUCAGCCAGUGCCCCCUCUCGCACACUUACUCCCUCAGCCAGUGCCCCCUCUCACACACUUACUCCCUCAGCCAGUGCCCCCUCUCGCACACUUACUCCCUCAGCCAGUGCCCCUUCUCGCACACUCAUUACCCCUGGCACUGCCCACACUCGCACACUCACUCGCUCAAGCAACCCCUUUCGCACACUCACUACCCCUGCCAGCCCCCCUUCUCGCACACUUUCCCGUUCAACUGACACAUCCUCUCAGGCUCAAACCCGCUCAACGACUACUACUCGCACCCUCUCUGCCAGUAGUACCUCUCACCCACUAUCCCCUUCAUCCUCAUUGAGCACACCUUACCACACACUUUCUCACUCAUCAUACACCCACACUUACACAGACUCCUCCACACUCUCAGGGUUUCACCACUCCACAUCGAGCACUACUUCUGACACAUCUUCUACUACUAUCACAUCAUCUAGAGUGCAGGAGUUAAUUAAACAAUUUGGGGGUCAAAGUUCAACCUGUUGAAAAUGUGUAGUGUUUCUGAAUGAUAAUUUCCAUUUCAUGUCAAAUAUGCAUAGUUGGUGUGUUAAACCCUUGCAACAAACAAUGAUGUUCAACACAGCAGGUUGGUGGCACCUUAAUUGGGGAGAACGGUCUCGUGUUAAUGACUGGAGCAGAAUAGGUGGAAUGGUAUCAAACACAGUUUCCAGGUGUUUGAUGCCAUUCCAUUAUUAUGAGCCAUUCUCCCCUCAGCAGCCUCCUGUGAUGUUCAACUAGUAAAAAUGAAUAUGAUGAGCGUGUUUCCUUUACUCUGGGACUUCUGUUCUGCUGACACAUUUUGUAAAGUAGUUGGAUUUCUGUGUAUUCAACUAAAUGGCCAAUAGAAAGUAAUUGACUGGAUGUUUGUUUGACUAGUGGUGUGGAGUAAUGCAGAAUAAGUAGGGUGCAGUUUAGCAACAUCACCCCUAGGGGGGGGAAGAAAACACAUUUAAAAAUGAGAAAAACAAUAAAUGUUCUAUGCAGUUGUGCAUUCAGAAACUACCAUGACUGCAUUAACACAGACA